UCCCAUGUGGUUUCUUAGGAUCCACUCACUUAACUUGUGUUUUCAUUUUCCACUUCACCAAUACUUGUGACCCAUAAAAAGAACCCUUUUUUCUGUGUACUCUUCUCUUUUUCUAGUUCUCUUCCAUUUUCCAUAACACCCCCUUCUUCACACUUCUUCCUCCAAUGGUUGCUAUUUAAACCCCCUCUUAAGUUGCUUCAUUUUCCAUCUGGGUUUUGUGAAUUGUCUUUGUUACUUCUUGAAUGAUGUCUGUCACUAGCAAAAGCAUUGAUUUUUUUGGUAAAAACUUGGUUUAUUGUGGCUGUUCUUCCAAUGCUUCUUUUCAUAGAUAUGAGGUGAAGAAUUAUGCUAAGGUGAAUUCUAAAGGGUGUGGAAAUGGAGCUCGUAAAUUGGUUUGUUGUAAGAAGAGGAAUACUCAUCAAUAUCGUGUUUCUUCUAUGGAUACUGCUGAGCCUACUUUGAAUGGCGGAACUCAAGCAAUUAAAGACCUUGCAAAAGGAUUGAACUUGAAGAGUUAUCCAGCAACCCCUAUUUCACCAAAUAGGUUGUUUGAAGUAGUCUCUGAUGAUCUUCUAACACUCAAUAAAAAUCUUCAGUCUAUUGUAGGCGCAGAAAAUCCAGUUUUAAUAUCUGCAGCUGAGCAGAUCUUUAGUGCUGGUGGGAAGAGGAUGAGACCGGCUCUUGUGUUCUUGGUGUCAAGGGCGACCGCAGAGCUACAUGGCCUUGAGGAUCUUACUGUAAAGCAUCGACGUUUAGCUGAGAUAGUUGAAAUGAUUCAUACUGCAAGUUUGAUACACGAUGAUGUGUUAGAUGAGAGUGACCUAAGAAGAGGGAAGGAAACUGUUCAUCAAAUGUUUGGAACAAGAGUGGCAGUGCUGGCUGGAGACUUCAUGUUUGCACAGUCAUCAUGGUAUCUCGCCAACCUUGAAAACAUUGAAGUCAUUAAACUUAUCAGCCAGGUGAUUAAAGAUUUUGCUAGUGGAGAAAUAAAGCAAGCUUCUAGCUUGUUUGAUUGUGAUGUUCAGCUCGACGAGUAUCUAAUCAAGAGUUAUUUUAAGACAGCCUCCUUGAUUGCUGCCAGUGUAAAAGGAGCUGCAGUUUUCAGCGGUUCUGACAGCAGCAUGACCGAGAAAAUGUUCGAAUACGGGAAGAAUCUCGGUCUCUCCUUCCAAGUUGUUGACGACAUAUUGGAUUUCACGCAAUCGGCAGAGCAACUUGGAAAGCCUGCAGGUACGGACCUCGCCAAAGGUAACCUGACCGCUCCAGUAAUUUUCGCAUUGGAGAAAGAACCGAAAUUGAGGGAUAUCAUCGAGUCUGAAUUUAGCGAGAUUGGUUCUCUUGACGAAGCGAUCAAGUUGGUUAAGAGUUGUGGGGGAAUCGAAAGAGCACAAGAGUUGGCGAAAGAGAAAGCUGAUCUUGCUAUUCAAAGUCUUCAAUGUCUUCCUCCAAGUGUGUAUCGUUUAGCUCUUGAGGACAUGGUGACAUAUAAUCUUCAAAGAAUUGCAUAAGUUUGUGCAUGAUGAGACACAUUUAGAAAAUCAAGAAUAAUACAUGAUUAUUUGAACUUGUCAUUUCAAGAUUUUCCAACAAACCCAGUGUAUAGACAUUGAAGGAUCAAGAACAAGUAACAUAAUAUAUUCCAUUAUUGUAUUUAUGAUCUUAUACAUGUAUCAGUAUAUUCUUUUUUCCAUUUUAUUUUCUUGGAUCUGGUUGUAAGGGAAUACAAAAUUUAAAAUGAAAAAAUAAUAAUGAUUAUUAUUUUUCUGA